UCGUUUCUGCGAAGGAAACAAUAUCGAAAGAUAAGGAUUUAAAGCCCAACCUUUCAUUUCCCUCUCUUCUUCUUCAUCGGUGGUAAUCAAUAGCAGCUUCUCCUUCUUUUUCUCUAUCUUCAACAAAGAGUCAAAGAGGUACGAUUGGGAUGAAACAGAUAUUUUAGUGCAUUCUGCACUUUUCCUUCGCAAUUGAAGUGAAUAUGACACCUGUGAUUCCAUGCUCUACCAGCAAUAUUUCUCUCAUUCCUGGAACUGCCUUUCUCGUGAAGAAGAAUUGUUUAACCAAAUGCAGUACAGCAAGAAAACUGACAAAAUAUUCAAAGAGAUUAGUUUUACCUCUUUCAAAUUAUGUUUUGUUUCCUCAAUAUAGCAGAGAGAGUACUUUGCAUCAUACAUCUGGAGUCCAUUUAUUAUCAGCGACGGGGACAGAUAUAGCAGUUGAAGAACCAGAAACACCUGCCACAGAUGAAAUUUCUGGUGGGGCCUCAGAGAGUCAAUCUGAAGCAGUUGAAACAAGUGAAAAUCCAUUCAAUAAAUCAGAUGCAAAUCCUACACCAGCUCAGGCUAGACGUUCAAGACCUGGCAGGAAAAGUGAGAUGCCUCCUGUUAAGAUUGAGGAACUGGUUUCUGGAGCUACGUUUACAGGGAAAGUAAGAUCUAUCCAGCCAUUUGGUGCUUUUGUUGAUUUUGGAGCUUUCACUGAUGGCCUAGUACAUGUUUCCAAUUUGAGCAAUACCUUUGUUAAGGAUGUUGGAAACUUUGUUUCUGUUGGACAAGAGGUGAAGGUGAAGAUUCUUGACGCGAACACUGAGACGGGACGUAUCUCUCUUACCAUGCGUGAAAGUGAUGAUGGUAAUAAUCCGCAGCAACAAAAAGAUGUUUCUAGUAGUAGUGAGAAGGCAAGGUCUGCAAGAAGAGAUCCUUCAAAGUCCAGCCAGAAGAAAAAUGAGGUUAAAAGCUCAAAGUUUGUCAAAGGACAGCAACUGCAGGGAACAGUGAAAAAUUUAACCAGGGCUGGUGCUUUUAUAUCACUUCCAGAUGAUGAGGAAGGAUUCCUGCCAACAUCUGAAGAGGCUGAUAAUGAAUUUUUAACCAUGAUGGGUGGUUCUUCACUGCAGGUUGGCCAAGAAGUCAGUGUGCGUGUGCUGCGAGUUACGAGAGGACAGGUGACCUUGACAAUGAAGACCGAAGCUGUUCAGUUGGACCCACAACUAAGCCAAGGCGUUGUCCAUGUUGCAACAAAUCCCUUUGUGCUAGCUUUCCGUCAGAACAAGGAUAUUGCUGCAUUUUUAGAUGAGCGAGAGAGAUUGGAGAAGGCAGACAAACAGCAAGUCAAGCCUGUGAGUUCAGAGAAGAUAGAAGGAAAGUUGGACGAAAGCGAGACUGCUUCUGAUAUACCUGAAAUGCAGGGUCAAGCAGACAGCAGCAAUGUCCCUUUGGCAGUCGAUGAAAAUGCCAAGCAUGUUGAAACUUCCUCAAAGAAGGCUGAUAGGGAAUCCAUUGUUGAUAGUGAUAGUGACACAGAAUUUUCCGUAUCCAGCGCACAAACUGUAGAUGGUGCAGCCCAAGUAGCAGAGAAAGAAUCUGAAAUUGAAGGGAGUGUCUCCACUAACCAUCAGUCAACUGAGGAAGCUUCUUUAAUUGAUGAGAUGGCAGAUGAUGGACAAUUGGAAACAUCUAAUGAAGUAGCCAAUCAGAACUUGAGUUCUGAAAGUCCAGUUGACGAAGUUGUGGAUGAUCAAGGGGAUGAUGGGGCGAAAGAUGAGGUGCAAAUACAAGAAUCUGCUGUUGGGAGUGAGAUUUCUUCUUCUGCACCACUUGGAGGGAUGGAGCCUAUCCCUGAUGAAAAUGGCAGUCUCACCAGCUCAGAUAACCUGAAAAUUGAUGGAAAUUCUGGGCCAUCUGGAGAUUCGCUCGAGGAUCAAAUCAUCACUUCUGAAAGUCAGGUCCUUCAGGAACUUUCGAAGAAUGAAUACAAGAACACCAAGGAUGCAAUGCUGAUACAAACACCAGCUGCUGAGGGUCAAAUUCCUUCAGGCUCUCUGGCUGGAGAUGCAAUUGAUGGACCUGUUCCUGAGGAAAAUGGCGGUGUGGGUGAUUCAAAAAAACAAAAUGGAGUUCCUUCCCCUGAGGAGAGCACAACCAAAGCAUCUAUAUCACCUGUUCUAGUAAAGCAGCUCCGAGAAGAAACAGGAGCAGGCAUGAUGGAUUGCAAGAAAGCUCUCUCAGAGACUGAAGGAGACAUUAUUAAAGCUCAGGAGUUCCUCAGGAAAAAAGGAUUAGCAAGCGCAGACAAGAAAGCGAGUAGAGCCACAGCCGAAGGAAGAAUUGGCUCGUACAUUCAUGAUAGCAGGAUUGGGGUGCUGGUAGAGGUGAACUGUGAAACAGAUUUUGUUUCCAGGGGUGACAUUUUUAGGGAGCUGGUCGAUGAUCUAGCCAUGCAGGUGGCAGCGUGCCCUCAAGUACAGUAUCUUGUCACAGAAGAUGUUCCUGAAGAGAUUGUGAACAAGGAAAGAGAGAUUGAGAUGCAGAAGGAAGAUUUGCUAUCAAAACCCGAGCAAAUAAGAUCUAAAAUAGUUGAAGGGCGAAUCAGGAAGAGGCUAGAGGAGCUAGCGCUGCUUGAGCAGCCAUUCAUUAAGAAUGAUAAGGUGGUGGUAAAGGACUGGGUGAAACAGACAAUUGCUACCAUUGGAGAAAAUAUAAAGGUGAAGAGGUUUAUGCGCUACAAUCUUGGAGAGGGCUUCAAGAAGAAGAGCCAGGAUUUUGCUGCUGAGGUGGCUUCUCAAACUGCGGCUAUACCAGUUCCUGCGCCUGCAAAAGAGCAGCCUCCUGCUGUGGAAGCCGAGGAAACUGUUCAGAAACCACCUGCAGCAACAGUCUCUGCUGCCCUUGUAAAGCAACUGCGGGAGGAAACAGGAGCGGGAAUGAUGGACUGCAAGAAAGCCCUGUCUGAAACUGGAGGAGAUCUCGAGAAGGCACAGGAAUACCUUAGAAAGAAGGGUCUGUCAACUGCUGACAAGAAAUCCAGCCGGCUUGCUGCUGAAGGCAGGAUUGGUUCCUACAUCCAUGACUCGCGCAUUGGUGUACUGAUUGAAGUCAAUUGUGAGACUGACUUUGCAGGUAGAAGUGAAAAAUUCAAGGAAUUGGUUGAUGAUCUGGCAAUGCAAGUCGUAGCCUGCCCACAGGUACAGUCUGUAUCUAUUGAAGACAUUCCAGAGAGUAUUGUGAAAAAGGAAAAAGAGCUCGAGAUGCAGAGAGAAGACCUUCUGUCAAAACCCGAGAACAUCCGAGAGAGAAUCGUUGAGGGGAGGGUGUCAAAGAGGCUUGGUGAACUUGCUCUUUUAGAGCAGCCAUUUAUUAAGAAUGAUGGCAUAUUGGUGAAAGACCUUGUGAAGCAAACCAUAGCUGGUCUUGGGGAGAAUAUUAGAGUCCGAAGAUUCGUGCGCUUCACUCUCGGUGAGACUGUUGAGGACGCAGGAGUAGAAGCUGAGGCAUGGUAGCUAGUGAAACUGUCCCCAGACAAAGUCACUAAUGCAGGUCUGAGGUGUGGUUGAGACUAAUUUUGGAUGAGAGAAUAGUUAAUUAAUUUUUAUUUUCUUUUGGUUUUGGCUGAAGCAAAAAGCUCUCUGAAUGUAGUUGUUAACAAGCUAUUGAUAUAUGAAGUACUUCCCACUUCACCAUCAUAGGUGAAGUGGGAAAUUUUCUACCGCAAGAGACUACAAGGAAUUAUUCAAACA